AUGGCACUUGUUUUGAGAUAUGUUAACAAAGAAGGAGAAGUGAUAGAACGAUUUGUUGGUAUUGUUCAUGUUAGUGAUACAUCUGCUUGUUCAUUAAAGGAAGAAAUCUACUCUUUUCUUUCAGAUCACUCAUUAAGUCCAUCCCAAAUACGUGGGCAAGGUUAUGAUGGAGCUAGCAAUAUGCAAGGACAUCUAAAUGGUCUUAAAACUUUGAUUUUGAAUGAGACUCCAUCAGAAUAUUGCAUUCAUUGUUUUGCCCACCAAUUGCAGUUAACACUAGUGGCUCUUGCAAAGAAGGAUUCGAAUGUAGAUGAUUUUGUUUGCUUAGUUACUAAUGUGUUAAAUAUUGUUGGAGCAUCUUUUAAGCGCAGGGAUUUACUUCGGAAGCACCAAGCUGAACAGUUAGAGGAGUUGCUCAUAUCAGGAGAAGUGCAUACCGGGCGAGGAUUAAAUCAAGAACGUGGACUUCAACGACCAGGUGAUACUCGUUGGGGUUCUCAUUAUAGAACAUUGGAUAAUCUUAUUGUUCUAUUUCCAUCUGUUAUUCAUGUGCUUGAAUUUACUGGAUGCGAGUGUCCAAACUAUACUGAUAGACUUCUUGCUAAAACUCUUGUGGAUACGAUUAAGAAAUUUGAUUUUGCCUUUAUGCUGCACUUAAUGUGGAAAGUUCUUAUGAUGAAAAAUGAAUUGAGCUCCUCAUUACAAAGGAUGGAUCAAGAUAUUGUCAAUGCUAUGGGAUUUCUUGCUCUUACAAAGCAAAGAUUACAAAAUAUGAGGGAUAAUGAAUUCGAAUCAUUAAUGGAUGAUGUCUCUUCUUUUUGUGAUAAACAUGAUAUAGUCAUUCUGGAGAUGAAUGCUAGCUACUUUCCUGGAAAGUCAAAGCAGCUUAAUAAUCGUUUUGAUGCUGUCAGUACUGACUUACUUCUCGGUAUGGCUAGUUUGAAUCCAGUUAAUUCAUUCGGUAGUUUUGAUAAAGGCAAGAUAAUGAGGUUGGCUGAAUAUUAUAUGAAUGAGUUUGACAGUAACAAGCUUCGGGAUCUCAGUUUUCAGCUUGAUAGCUUUAUAGUUUAUGCUCGUGGUUCUGACGAGAGGUUCUUCAACUUGAAGGGAAUUAGUGAUCUUGCUAAAGUAUUUAUCAAGUCAGAUCUACAUCAAACAUGGCCACUUGUUUAUUUGCUUAUCAAGUUGACUCUCAUUAUUCCCGUUGCUACUGCUUCUGUGGAACGAGCUUUCUCAUCCAUGAAGUACAUUAAAAAUGAACUCCGUCAUAGUAUUAGUGAUGAAUUUUUGAAUGGUUGUUUAGUUUGCUAUGUAGAGCGUAAUAUAUUUGCAAAUGUAAGUAAUGAUGCAAUUAUUUAUCGUUUUCAACAUAUGAAAAUUCGUCGAGCACAAUUAUGA